GAGGCUGGAACUGGUGGCAGAUCACUUGUCCAUGUUACACAUCAUGUAAGAUAAUUAUUAUUACAAUUUUUCAUUAACUGAAACUGAAAAACUUUUAUUAUACGAAACAUCAUGUCUUUCUAGAUAAAUUCAGAUAUUUCAGCUGCAGAGUUCUCCAAUGUAGUCUUGGAAGCUUUUUCCAUGAUGGAAGACGAAACUCCUCCCCAAAACACCAGAAACUUACAAGCUUGGCCGAAAUCGUGUGAAAAUUUUAUAAUUGUUGGUCUUCACACUUGUGGCGACUUGGCUCCAACGUUGCUUCGUGUUUUUAGCCAAUGUGAUAAUGCCGUUGGGAUAGUUUCUGUUGGUUGUUGCUACAUGAAGUUACAUCAUGAAAUAGCCAAGACAGACCAAGGCACUACAACACAGAAAAGGAAGAAACUCGAUACAAUUCCAACCAACUCCAAAAAAAUUUGUGGCAAUUUUCAGCAAAAUAAUGUGGAAUCAACAGACCCUACUAGUAGACCUAAUCCGACAACAGGCAUUUGUGACCAGCACCAAAGUUGCACUAAAUUGACAAACUCUAUUAGACAGAAUGAUCUGGAAUUGACAGCCCAUACUAGCAGACAAAAUUCAGUAGAAAUGUGUGGUAAUUCUCAACAGAAUAGCAUUGAAUCAACAAACAUUGAUAGGAGGAAUGAUUUGGGAUUUGCAGACCCUUCUUGUAGACAUUCUUGCACAGAAAUUUGCAGUAAUUUUGGGCAAGAGAAGGUUAAGAAUGAUAGCCUUAAUUGCAGACAAACAUUGACAACUCAAUGUGAUGAAUUGAAAGUUGUGGAAGAUUCUAUAUCGACUGUUGAGGCUGCACAGAUACUGGGAUAUCCAUUGAGUGAUUAUGUUAAGAGUUUGUCUGGUCAUCGACAGACUUACAACGCACUUGAGUCAGCUUGUCAUGCUAUAGGGAGAUACCACAAGAAACUAUUAGGUAUGUGGCGGUGAUGGUGUUGGUUGAGAUGAAGAUGAUGGUGGUGGUGGUGGUAAUGAUGGUGAUGAUGGUGGUAGUUUAAUGAUGGUUAUGUUGAUGAUAGUAGUGAUGAUGGUGAUGAUGACUGUUGUUGUAUCAUUUAUAUAGAAAUAUCGCCAACUCUGAAGCUUCAUUACUACAGAGCAUUGCUGGAACUUCUCCUUAAACAAAAGGUAACGUCGAUCUAGUAUGCCUGUUUAUGGCACAAUGGUUGAGCUUCCAACUUUCAUGUCUGUCACCAGGGCUCAAUUCCUACAGUAUACACUUGUCUCAUUGUAUAUUGACUUUUAUUCACAGGAUCCUGGCUGUCCCAGAAGACAAAUACGAACUUUAAGACCAAAGAAAGCAGCCAAUAUGACAUUUACCGAGUAACUUCCUUCGUUGUGUUGUAUCCUUUGCGACCCUGUGAAAGAUUUGAUGCCUUGGAUAAACUAACGAGUCUUUCUGUUAUUUUAUUUAGAUAUGUUACAAGCGCAUGUGAUAUACUUAGCAUAGAAGAAAGCAGACCUACAGCACAAGGUUUGCCAACCAGAGCUUUUCAGGUUCUUCCUAGACGUCCAGUUAAGCCUGAUUCUCAUUUAUCGUAAACAUCGGCGAUGCCCAUUGUCGGUGGUCAUUGAUGCAUAAAAUGUUUUGUGCAUUUUCUUCUUCGCUCACAAUCAAUGGAUCGUAGAACAUCGCCAAUCAAUGUGAACCAGGCUCAACGGACAUCUCGUAUUGGUCAUUUAAGCAGCUCUUGUGGUGUUGUGGUCACCACGCUUCCCUUUCAAGCUGGGAGACUCGGGUUCAAUCCUUGCUCGGACCUCUACUCAAGCUCUUAAAGUAAAUGAGGAGAAUAUGGCACCUUGGGAAAUCCGCUCACCAAUGAGUGAGAAACUCAAUAAAGUGUUACUGCUGGAGGAAACAGGAGUACCUGUAGAAAAUUAGCUUACGUAGGGAAAAACCUGUGUGUUUGUUAGAGUCAGUCGUGAGCAUGGCCGGACGUUGAGGGGAGGUGCGCACCUCUCCUGAGAUCGUUUUGCACCUCCCCUGAAAAGUCAUGCACCUGCCCUUGGGAAAGUUUCAAUGAUAGGCGGGGUGAAAAUUUGAUAUUUUUGUUGCUUAUAAGGGUCUACACUUCGUGAGAACGUUUUUCUGUAAAAUUGAAACAGUGAUAGCCAUUCAUCUCUGUGUCAAGUGCCCUUUUAAUGCAAUGUUUUUGAAAGAAACUUUGCAGUAAUUGUAAUGAAGGGCAAAAUUGGAUGAGUUGCACAGUCAUAAUUCAUUAAUACACUGAUACAUAUGUACACUACAUGCAUACGUCAUGUCGUUGACAUUGGCCCGUUCUAAGCCCUAACUUUCCAUGGUCAGUCGUGAGCUAGACCGCUGCAGCUCCACCAAAAUCAAAUUCACAACCUCCACCAAAAUCAAUUUCCACCAAAAUCCGGCCUUGCUCGUGAGGCGCUCUUCUCUUAUGCGACUGAAGCAAAAUUAUAAUCAGAUAACCGAAAGUCACAAAGCUGAAAGACACGUGCACAACCCGCUACCAACAGACGUUGUAGUUUUUCCAAUGUAUAUAUAAAUGUAUUUCCUUGCAGAUAUACAAAUUGCUGAAGAGAUCCAUGCUGGCAAACAGUUCAAUGUAGUCGUAUUUUAUGUUCUGAAAUUAUUAAUGGCGCCGGUUAUCGAAGGACUUCUCUUGGUUGAUCGGUUGAUUUAUAUCAGAGAACAAUAUCCUGGUAGGAUAUGGCAGAUAAAACUAUUUGUGUUUAGGCAUUUAUAACAGGUGUUCCGAUAGAUUAAAUAUCGAGAUUUUCUUGGCAUCUUGUCUUUUUACCCAUACCUUUUGUGGUUAGAGGCUUAGAGCUCGAAAACUGGACUCUAUAGCUCAGCUGUACCGGAAUCGCAGGGCCGCAGGCACAGAAUAAAGACAUACAGAAGUGUAACUUCCAUUACAAAACCGUAAGGCAUUUUGUACCGAAAUAGCUGGCGGCCAUGUUCUUAGCAAGUGCCCUAAAGAGAGGCAUUCAUCCCCCUGGAAUAUUAAAUUUUCAACAUGUUUUCAGGGGGGUGACUGCCUCUCUUUAGGGCACUUGCUAAGAACAUGGCGGACUGAAAAAAUCCCUUACGCACUUUUAAUAAGAAGAUACACUUCUGUAUGUCUUUAUUCUGUGCCGCAGGUUCAAUACCUGCCAGAGGGCCUAUAUAGUUGCAUUUACUACUCCUGGUUAGGUCUGAAAUUGUACAUAAUCUUCCCUUCAAAACUUCCAACUACAAAAAAUCUUUCCCGGGCCGAUAGAUUACUCUUUACACUGAAUAUAAAUCCUGCCUUUCUUUGCUCUGCCGACUUUGAUUUUAUUCUUGUCUUUCCAGAUUUCAACGCAAGAAUAUCAAUGCUUUUUGACCCCGAUAUCUCACCAAGAAACUUUGCAAUCAUUGCAGAAAAAUCAAAAUAG